GCCGCGGCCCCCCCCCCCCCCCCCAUAUCUUCAGUGAGUGAAGAGCCCUGACCUGCAACUUGCUUAGUAAACCCAGACUUUUUCCUCCCCCCAGGUGGACGUGUCCUUCUGAAAAAGAUAACAAAACCGACAGAGAAAGGAUAUGCCCUUACUGUUUCCAGUUUCUGAUUCCUGAUAAUCACAGAGUUCGUCUCAAACCCAAGAUGAAAGUGACUCCACGGCUACAGAAACUUCUUAAUCGGGAGGCAAAGAACCAUAAACUCAAUUUGAAACAGACAAAGCUUUUGAAAAAGUACAAAGACUCAAGAAGUGUUCUGCUGGUUACUUGCAACACAUGCAACAAAACAACAAGACAUUAUGGUAAAAGCAGAGAUUUUCUGGCAACAGCAACAAGCCGUUCUGGAACUCCAAAGAGUACACCAGACCCAAAGACUCCAAUGUCUGCAAACAAAAUGACACCCUUAAAUCACAGUAAAUCAGGAUCCAAAGGCAAAAGUCCAGCAUCAGCUUCCAGAACAUGCAUGCUUGGACAGUCACCAUCCAGUUCUUUCCUCAAGACUCCCAAAACCACUAAAUCUCACUUUUCUCAGCUCAAAUGGCUACUUAAUCUUGAAGAAAAACAGAAGAGCCAGAAGAGGGACCUGAGAAACUUCUUGUCUUCACUUUGAAAUACUGAAUGAUUACAAUAGUAAUGGCUAAAAUUGGGCCAGUAAAUGAACUAAGUUAGUGACUGUUUUAUGUAUUAUUUUAUAAACUUAUGAAAACAAUUUUAAUGAUAGUUUAAUUUGACUGUCUUAAGGCCUUCAGCAUGUAAGGGAGGAUUAAAUUCAUUGUUUGGAACAUUCUUUGUACUUAGUUUGUCUACCAGAGGAUAUUGCUGGUCUCAGAAGCCUGAAUUUGGUUCACAGUCUUUAAUAGCUCAGGAAUUAAAAGCCCAAAUCUGUUCUUGAAACAGGUUGACUUGCAUCAAUGAAAUGGCUUUUAAAAUAGGAUCCUGUACCACAGUAGAAUUUGCAGAAGAUCUGUGGUGUUGGUUUGUGGACAUUCUCUGUGGCUGUGCAGAUCUGUGAAACUGUUUUCUAAAGGAAAUCUGUGUGGUCCUUAAUGAACUGACAAAUUAAUUCUGAAACAUGCCUGCUUAACGCUAUUUAAAACAAGUAAGUAUUACUCUGCAAUUCCUGACAUUGGUGGCUCUAGUUAUCCAUUGGAAAGAGAAUUAAUUAAUUUGUUUUUGCAUACAAAUAGCUUUAAAACCAAAAAUGUGUGUGUCUCUGCAAGUUGUUAUAUAAAGUGUUUCCUUUUUGUUCUUGA